AUGGCCUUCCACCGCCUUUUGGGGAAUUUACUGCUCUUAGCAGUACUCGCUACUGGCUUUCCCCACCAUUUUACCGGGGUCAAUCGAACGAUAGACACAACCGAACUCAAGACUUGGUGGCAUUCGACUGGAGAAUAUAAUUACAAAUCGCCUCUUGCCAGCGACAGCAAUGUCAGACAAUCCCACGUCUAUUCUGUGCAGGUUGCCACUGCGGAAGGUCACCACUUGCCCGACGGUUUCUACGAUUCUUUUGUUUACGAAUCAAUCCCCCGCAAUGGUAAUGGCAAGAUAUCAAUCCCUGGCAAUUAUUCGUCGUUUUACAGCGAUACCAGCAUCUCUGGCGAUGGGGUCACAAUUGAAGCUGGCGCCAACAUUACAAUGGCGUGGACACAGUUCCUUUACGCAAGCGAUACAGUGCUCAGGAUCACCAGGCUGGAUGGUCGCAACCCUGGAAACGUUAUCAUUCGACCCACCAACCUUGGCUACAGCAUGCAGAACAUCGAAGGCGCCACUUACGUGAAGGUGCCCUUCAACACCAGAGGUACUCGAUUUUCAAUUGAAUUCGAGGAUGACCUUUUUACAUAUCGCAACCUUAAGGGCGGCCCAGAGUGUUCAGAGGUAGAAAACCCGCCAGCUGAUUGUGCCUAUGCCCAAGACUUUGAUCCAUCAUAUCGCAAUUACGUUCUAGAGUAUAAUAACACCAUGCCAAUCGUCGGCGUGGAACCGAGAAAUGCCCUCUUGAUCUUUGCCAGCCCGUUCCCAACGAGUGAUCUGGUCCCAUCCGCGUCAUCUGGAUCAACCCUCGAGAUGAAGCCUGGCCUGAUCACUGGCCUAGACAAGAUCAACCAAUCAGUUGUGUACUUCAAACCUGGUGUCUAUUGGAUGACCGGCACCGCCCACGCACGUCUCCCAGAAUCUGUGUCGUGGGUUUACUUCGCGCCCGGAUCAUAUGUGAAAGGUGCCAUCGAGUUCACUACAAACUCCACAAUUAUCAAGGCCACUGGAUUUGGAGUUCUUUCAGGGGAGCAAUACGUCUACCAAGCGAAUAUGCUGGCCAAUUACACGAAUUUGAACGACAAUUCGAAUAAUGUCAGGAUGUGGCGGGGUUGGAGUACACCAUAUAAGUCGCAAGAGUUUAUUCUUAACGGUGUCACAAUAGCUGCCCCGCCAUACAAUAGUAUGGACUUUUAUGGCGACCUUACUUCGAUACGGUUACAUGCCUGGGACUACAAGCAAGUUGGAGCAUUCUUUGUGCAGACUGACGGUCUGGAAAUGUACCCAGGAAGCUACGUACAUGACGUGUUCUACCAUUCUGGCGAUGAUGUCAUCAAGACGUGGUGUAGCGACGUCACCGCUGAGCGCAUCACUGUUUGGAAAACUACUGAUGCACCAAUUGUACAGUUUGGCUGGUGGUAUGAGAACAAAACCAAUAUCGUUGUGAACGAUGUCGACGUAAUUCAUUCAAGAGUGUUCCGCAACGAGCUGAACGGCAAGGCGGGGCGGGGUGUCUUUGGUUCAACGACAUUUGCGUCUGACAGUAUGAACGAUGUAUGGGGUAAUACUUCUGACAGCACGCUCGGGACAUCGUUGAUGUCUCUCUCUAAUUUCCGCUGUGAGGGCAUUCACCCCGGUCUUUUCCGCAUCGACCCGCUCAUGAAUUACGAUAAUGUGCUGAUGGAGAACAUCUGGAUCGAAGAGUUAUCCCCUAACAGCACUGGUCUAAACCUUGGCUUCUUGCACAAAUUUACAGAUGGCUCAAGAGGCAACAUUCCAGCCUACUUUGGCAAACACUCAUUUAACGGCAUUGGACUCCGUAUCCGCAAUUAUACUAUUGGAAAUGAACGGAUUUCUUUCACCGCUGACAAUUGGGAUGGAAACUCGGCGGGGGGUAUUUGGGUUGAUCCUUUCUAUGAUGGCGCAUGGAUUAUAGAGUAG